AUGAGGAGUACGUGUUACGCCACCAAUUUUGAAUACCUUCCUGUCGUUGAGCUCGCCGAUCUGCUGUGGGAAUUUUACGCUUCAGCUCGCAAGCAAGAUGGGAUGAAAAGUUAUAAGUAUAUAUCCUUAGUUUUCCUGGUCAUCUUCAAUAUUACUUGUGUGGAAAGUGCAAUUGCUGGAAGGUUGAAAAGAGAAACGUGCAUGAAUGAUUUUGAAUGUGAGCACGAUGAGACAUGCUUUCCAGUAAUGAUUGGACAGCCUGAGGGGAAUUGCUUAAAGUGUUCAGAGUUUCAGGGCCAGAAUAUCUCACAAAAAUGUGAAGAACUUGAAAAAAGCACUAAAAACCAAGCGCUUCAUGAGUGUGUUAUAAGGACCGACUGUCUCUUUGAUGAAUGGUGCUACAUGUAUCAACAUCAAUGUCAUAAAUGCAGUGUAUUGGAUGGUCAUCCCGAAGUACAGGAAGAAGAAUGUAAAGAUUGGCUAUCUUCUCAAAGUGAAGGUGAAGAUUCAGACACUGAGAAAAGCAACAAUCUAAGGUGGAUAAUUGGUUUGACUGUUGGUUCACUAUUCAUCAUAGUAAUAGCUGUUACAGUAGUUUUGUAUAAAAAUAAGAAGCUAAGAAUUCGGUUACAGAACUUUUUCAAGACUGCUCAAAAUCAGGAUGUGAAAAGUGUAGCAUAUGGUUUAGCUGACACCGAAUCACCAUCUGAUCCUAAUGGAAUUAUAUUGAUAGAUGUACCUGAUCAUGCUCCGACACCUGAUAUUGGACAAAAUGGAUCUACACGACCACUUCUUUCAGGCCAUGGAGAGGAUUAUGUGAAUAAAAUGGACAGCAGUGAGAAGACAAUAGUGACCACUCCCGAAGACAAUGCAACUACUCCAGCCAAUCAAAAUGAUGAUAUUGGUGACAACAAUGGAGACAAGAAUCACAAUGAGAGCAGUGAUGAUCCAAUUGUAGCUUCUCCUGAGGAUGACAAAGCUGCCAGGUUUGCUCCAGGUACUAGUAUGUGAACUUUAAACACCAUGUGUUAUUUAAAUACCUUUAUAGUAUAAAAGUGAGCAGGGAACAUGCCCAUAAAUAAUCUACAUGUUUGUAAUGUGUUUCAUGUACACAAUGCACAAUUGGGGAU